CAGAGGUACAUGAGAAAUAGAGAGGACUUUCUCCAGUCCACUUCCUUUCUGAGGAUUCUUGCCUAUGGCCCAAUUCCUACAAGGUUGAGUAAGAUGUUUUGAUGUCAGCAGUGACACUGCCAGGAAAGCAGGUCUGCAGAAUGGAGCUACAUCACAGGCAACAAUGCACGGUCUUCCCAGAAAGGGCCCCAGUUCGAGUCUCUGGACUUCCUGGAGAAAGGGUGUUAGGAGAUGUUAAGGAGACCACCUGGAAAGGCUUUAGCAAUGGUUGGGUGGAAAAGAAGGCAGUGGUGAUUGGGCUAAGUCUGAAAACUCUACAAAUGGCCAACAAGGAGCUUUUGGCUUUGCUGUUCAGCUUGAAAGGAAAAAAAAACCGUUAUGGGAAACAGGUGUAGUUUGCACACUCUGGGGCACUGUUGGUGAAACGUUCUUGAAAAGACACCUGCCCGAUGCAACCAAGGCUAAAUUUAAUCUGCUCCUCUUAUCAUCAAUCCAAGGAUGUGGGGAGUGGAAGUCAGCCACACCUGGCAAAGCGCCACGGGUCAUAGAAAUAAAAACCUAGCAGCACCCGGGACCUAAACCUCCAGGGAGUAGCAACCAAAAUGACUUUUCUGUGGGCGUCUCUCACUUACCUAGUGCUCCUUGAUGUUGCCUGUGCCAUUAAGCCCAAUGUGAAAAAUACAGAGAGAAUUAUCAACGGGAUGGAUGCCAGUCGUGGUUCUUGGCCCUGGCAAGUCUCACUACAGACUAACUCACGUUUCCAUAUAUGUGGUGGUUCCCUGAUCAAUGAGAAUUGGGUUGUUACAGCUGCUCACUGCAAUGUGAAACCGGGAGUACAUUUUGCUUUCUUUGGACUGCAUAACAGACUUGAUAAUGCUGCGCCAGUCCAAUGGCGAUCCAUAAUCAAGGUGAGUGGCUCAUUUAGGACUAUGCGAGGUGAUUCUGGUGGUCCUCUGGUAUGCCAGAAAGGCUCAAGCUGGUCUCUGGUUGGGAUCGUCUCCUGGGGAAGCCCCAACUGUAACGUCUGGACUCCUGCUGUCUACGCCCGCGUCUCCAAAUUCCGCAACUGGAUUGACCAAACAGUAGCUAGAAAUUGAUGACACCCAUGGGAAACACAAGACAAAUGCUGUCACUGGGAUUCCGCCCCCCACCCCACCAUGGAAAA